AUGGUGCGGGUGCUCAUGUGGGCGGGACUUCGGCUGCUCUCCGGUGACGUCACGCGCCUGCUAAAGCCACGCGCUGCUGCUGUUUGUGCAAAAACAUCAGGGUUUUGGAGCAAAGCGGCUGCAGAGCGCUACUUCACCGCGUCCAGGACAAUCUACAGCGGAGGAACAAAGUCGUCCGUGAAAAUGCCUGAAGUCAUGACGGAUCAUUUGGACGAGAAGCAGGUGCAGCUUCUGGCAGAAAUGUGCAUCUUAAUCGACGAAAACGACCACAAGAUUGGAGCAGACACGAAAAAGAACUGUCACCUCAACUCCAACAUCGACAAAGGUUUAUUACACAGGGCUUUUAGUGUCUUUAUCUUCAACAGUGAAGACAAACUGCUCCUACAACAGAGAUCUGACGCCAAAAUCACUUUCCCAGGCUGCUUCACAAACACCUGCUGCAGUCACCCUCUCCACACGGACUCAGAGCUGGAGGAACUAGACGCCAUCGGAGUGAGGCGAGCGGCUCAGAGGAGGCUGGAGGCCGAGCUGGGCAUCCCCAUGGCACAGGUCCCUCCAGAAGAAAUGACAUAUUUAACUAGAAUCCACUACAAAGCUCAGUCAGACGGAGUUUGGGGAGAACAUGAGAUUGACUACAUUCUCUUCAUGCAAAAGGACGUGGAGUUGAACCCGGACCCAAAUGAGAUCCAGAGCCACUGUUACGUGAGCAAAGAGGAGCUGAAAGAACUGCUGCAAAAAGCCAAACAGAAGCAGGUCCUGGUCACUCCGUGGUUCAGCCUGAUCGCCGACACCUUUCUGUUCAAGUGGUGGGACAAUUUACACGACCUCAAGCAGUUUAUGGACCACCACAAGAUCCACCGCAUGUAA